AUGAACUCGAUUCAUGCACGUCCCGUACUGCAUUCUCGAUCUCAGCCUUGGAUCGGGGGCAUCGAGCAUCUCGCUUCUUUAAAGGGCUGCCACCUCUGCCCAGUGAUUCACUGUAGGUGCUCCAAGUGUUUUUGUCUUCCUUCAAAGCGAAGAAUAAAAAAGAGGCCCCGAGUCUUAACUCUCCUGAGUCUCCCCGAAGAUGUCCUCUUUCAUAUACUGAAAUGGCUUCCUGCGGAGGAUAUCCUUGCCAUCAGAGCUGUACAUCCGCAUCUCAAGUAUCUUGUAGAUAAUCAUGCCAGUGUGUGGGCAUCUGCGAGCUUUCGGGAGAUGUGGCCUUCUCCAGAUAACCUAAAGCUUUUUGAAAGGGCUGCUGAAAGUGGUAAUUUUGAAGCUGCUGUGAAGCUAGGGAUCGCCUACCUCUACAACGAAGGCUUGUCUAUUUCUGAUGAGGGUCGUGCAGAAGUGAAUGGAUUAAAGGCUUCGCGUUUCUUCAGCUUAACGGAACGCCUGAAUGUUAAUGCUGCUCCAUUUAUCUGGCUAUUUAUUCGCCCUCCAUGGUCUGUGUCUGGAAGCUGCUGUAAAGCUGUAGUCUUUGAAAGCCUCAAAGCAGAAUGUCAGUUUCAAAAAGUUCAUAAAGGAUCUAUACUAUAUUGUUUGGGUAAAGUUUUAAGCCUUUUUGAGGAUGAAGAGAAAAGAAAAGAAGCACUUGAAAUGUUUGAGGCAUCAUCUAAUCAGGGAUGUUUAAAUAGUUCUUACCUCCUUUGGGAAAGUAGUCAGAGGACUGCUAUGUCAGACCCUGGAAGAUACCUCCAGAGCCUCCGGAAACUCAGGGACUAUGCAACCAAGGGCUGUUGGGAAGCACAGAUAUCUUUAGCCAAAGCUUGUGGAAAUGGAAGCCAGCUUGGAUUAGAAGCAAAGUCUUCAAAUGAAGUGGUGCUGCAACUCUUUCAGGCUUCUCACCCAGUCAGCAAAGAGAGCAUCUUCACCGUGCAGAAGGGAAUGAACGACACAAUGAGGUACAUUUUGAUUGACUGGCUAGUGGAAGUUGCCACCAUGAAGGAUUUUACAAGCCUUUGCCUUCAUAUGACAGUGGAAUGUGUGGAUCGUUACCUAAAGCUAAGAGUGGUGCCUCGAGCCAAGCUGCAGCUUCUGGGAAUUGCUUGCAUGGUCAUCUGUACUCGUUUCAUUAGCAAAGAGAUCUUGACAAUUCGUGAAGCCGUUUGGCUAACAGAUAACACUUAUAAAUAUGAAGAUCUAGUAAGAAUGAUGGGAGAGAUCAUUUCUGCCCUCGAAGGAAAGAUUCGAAUUCCUACUCUUGUAGAUUACAAAGAAGUGCUAGUGAAUGUAGUCCCAACAGAGAGAAGAACUCUUCACCUGUACAGCUUCAUCUGUGAACUCUCCCUGUUGUAUACAAGCCUCUCUGUGUACUCCCCAGCCCAUCUGGCUGCUGCAGCCCUGUUGCUGGCCAAGUUGAUGCAUAGGCAAGCACAUCCCUGGACAAGUCAGUUGUGGGAAUGCACUGGAUUCUUCUAUGAAGACCUGAUACCCUGCGUUUUGAGCCUUCACAAAAAAUGCUUCCAUGAUGAUGCCCCAAAGGAUUAUAGGCAGGUUUCCUUGACAGCUGUGAAACAACGUUUUGAGGAUAAACGAUAUGAAGGAAUUGGCCAAGAAAAGGUAAUGGGUUAUGGCCAGUUGUGCAAGUUAUUAGGAGUGAAGCAAGAGGACACAGAACCUUCUUCCUCCCCCAAUAUGGCAGAAAUUCAGACCUUCCUCAAUUCACCAUCUGGGAAGAGAACCAAAAGAAGAAGGGAAAACAGCAUUCAGGAAGAUAGGGGCAGUUUCGUAACAACACCUACUGCUGAAUUAUCCAGCCAAGAGGAAACUCUCCUGGGCAACUUCCUGGAUUGGAGUUUGGACUACUGUUCUGGGUACGAGGGAGACCAGGAAAGUGAAGGGGAGAAAGAGGGAGAUGUCACAUCUCCCAGUGGGGUUCUCGAUGUAACUGUGGUGUAUUUGGAUCCAGAACAGCACUGCUGUCAGGAAUCCAGUGAUGAAGACAGCCGACUAGAGGACCAUUCUAAACAGGAUGCAGCACCGCUGCCGUCCAACCACACGCAUGCUGAGAAACACUGGCUCCUUUUUCAGGAUAGGAGGGAGCCCAGAACAGAAGUGACCUCAGGCUAUUCCUCAGUCAACAGCACCAGCCCCACGUCCUCCUCCAUGGAGAACAACUUUGGAGCGUUUAUCAAAACUACCUCAGCGCUGUCCCCAGGCAGUGACCCGAGCACUCACCCAUGUACGCCCACCUACUUGGAAUCAUGUUUACAGUCUCUUCACACCAGUCCCGUUGAGAGCGGCCUGCACCGGAGACAGGUGAAGAGGAAAAAUGUGGCCGAGCAUAGUGACAAGAACUUGGGAUUCUGGAGUCUGUGAUUGUGUGUGUGUGUGGUAUUUGUCGCUUUAAAUGUUUACUAAAAGGAGAAUUUCUGUAAUGCCUUCUAAGGGUUGUGGGGGGAGGCCAAAAAUUUAUAACUUGUAAACUCCAAAGGCAACAGACGUACAACCUGCUGGGAUCUCCAGACUGAUGACCUCAACACGUGGAGGAUGGAAAAAAAUCACUGUUGGCACCAAGUGGAACUUCCUUCCACUUAAUUCUAUGCAAAACAAAAAGUGCACAGUGGAAUUCUCCAUCCAUAAGAAGAGUACCAAAUCCUUCUCUUUGGCAAUGCAAGCCCAAAGCAAUCAUGCCUUAUUGUGUUAACUCUGUUUUCACCACAUUUUCUUUCUGGGGGGGUGGUCUGCUCUCCUGGGAAAGCAGAGGCUGAAUACCCUUCUCACUGUUCAGAAAGGCUCUAGUAGAAUUCUUUACUGAGUAAAAUCUGAUGUCCAGGCCCAAUCCAGUGCCAGUAUAUUCUAGCCUUCAAGCAACAAUGAAUUCAGAGGUACAUUCCUUGGGAAAUGCUUUUUUGGUGUUGCCCUUCAGGGUGACAGCUGACAGGAGACCCCUAGCAUUUGGCAUAGUUCUCUGGUACAGUGAUUCUACUUACAGGGUUUUGGCUGGGCCUUGGGGAGCUAAAGAUAUCAUUCAUAAGGGAUUCCAUCCCCACAGAGCCCUA